CCGCCAUGUCUGAGAGAGGACCGCGGAUGACGUAUAAUCGCACUGCCAAUCAGAGCUUCACAUUCGCGAGGUCAAAGGUCACAGGGACGGAAGUAAAUAAUAUUUUACUACUGUAACCCUGAGUGAGUGUAAAGUGUUACAGUGGUGGUUGAUCCUACAGAGUGUGAUGCAGAUGUUCUGCAGGAAUGCGUGAUGUCACAGCGUUUGUUCAGCAAAGUGUUGGGUUUUUUUGGCUAUGCUGUUCAGUAUGGAUGCAUCGCACACUGCACCUUUGAGUACAUCGGAGAGUUUGUCGUGUGUUCAGGACCAUCAAUGGAGCCGACAAUCACAAAUCGUGACGUGGUGUUUUCCGAGCGUUUCAGCAGGCACUUGUACCGCAUAGAGAAGGGGGACGUUGUGAUUGCUAAAAGCCCAUUCGACCCAAACAUGAACAUCUGUAAACGAGUUAUUGGACUGGAAGGAGAUAAAGUGUGUACUAGUGGACCAAUGGAUACAUUUAAAACACACUCUUUUGUACCAAGAGGUCAUGUAUGGCUGGAAGGUGAUAAUUUGCAGAACUCUACAGAUUCGCGAUCUUACGGCCCUGUACCUUAUGGACUUAUACAGGGACGAGUGUGUGUAAAGCUGUGGCCUCCACAGAGCGUCGGCGUGCUAAACGACAGCCCGAAUGCAGGACGGAUUUUGCGCCCCGAAUGAUCUCUCUAUCACAUAUUUUUAAAUAAACUUAUAUUUAGGACUGUGA